AUGUCUUCAUACAAUGAGACAACCCCUGCCUUGCAGCAGCAACAGCAACAGCAGCAGCAGGAGCACGACGAACAGGAGCAGCAGCAACAACAGCAGCAGCAACAUGAACAGCAGGACGGGCAUCGUCCCGAUAAAAGGGAGGACGGCAUAUUGCAGCAGCAACAGCAACAGCAACAGCAACAGCAACAGCAACAGCAGCAGCAACAGCAGCAGCAACAACAGCAACAGCAGCAGCAACAACAGCAACAGCAGCAACAACAGCUGGAGCACGAAGAACAACAACGACCACGACGGGCACCACCAUCAUCACAGCAGCAGCAACAACAGCAGCAGCAGCAACAGCAGCAGCAGCAGCAGCAAGAGAGGCAUGGAAGAGGGAGGAGGGGACAAGCUGUGUCUCUUCCUGCUGCAGCAAUUCUUUCUUUUAGUCGCUAUCGUCCUAAGCCGCAGCAGCAGCAGCCGCUGCGGCCCUUGCCGCCGCAGCAACGGUCUGCAGCAGCAGCAGCAGCAGCAGCAGAAAAUGAACCUCACGGAUUCUUGCUCGCCAAGUGCCGUGUACUUGUAGGCCUGCAGCAGCAGCAGCAACAGCAGCAACAGCAGCAGCAGCAGCAAGAGGAACACCCACUGCCGCAACUGCAGCACCAUAAGAAGAACCGCUCAGAUGCACUUGCGAUAUGUGGACCGUGCGCCUGCCGGCUACUGAAUGCCUUCGGUCCUUCGCGUUGUCCUCUUUGCCAUCAACUUGUUUCUUCUGAGGAUUUAAGACCCUUCCUUAUUCAUCAGUUUGCCCCCGUAGUAGAGGGAAGCAGAGCAUCUUUUUGUCUUAUUACCCGUCCUGUUGGCAGUACCUUUGUUUAUCUAAGUGCUACAUUUAUUGCUGCUGCUGCUGCAGCAGCAGCAGCUGCUGCUGCUGCUGCUGCUGAGACGCCUGCAGCACAGCAGCAAGCGGAGGAACUUGUUGCCGCUGUUGCAGAUGCUGCUGAUGUAGCUUCUGCUGCUGCUGCUGCUGCACUGCAACAACCGCAGCAAAACCUGCUGCCUCCCCCAGAAUCCUCUUUCCAUGCCUUUUUUAAUUCAAUAGCCUUUGUUGAGGAGCCGCAGCAGAUGUGGAUGGACCACUUGCAAACCCUAGAGGGAAGAAUGUUGAGUUGCCUCGAAAUGCCUGAAGGCGACACAGAGGCAGCAAGGGAGCUUCAGGAAGCCCUGCAGUUCGCAGAGGCACUAGCCAAUCGUGCUGCAGAAGCCAGAGGCAGCAGCAGCAGCAACAGCAGCAGCAGCAACAGCAGCAGCAGCAACAGCAGCAGCAGCAACAGCAGCAGCAGCAACAGCAGCAAACCCGUGCAGCAUCUUAAACCGCUGCAUGAGCGCAUGCAGGUAUUCACGAGACUGCUGAAGCUGUUGCAUGAGCAGCAACUUAAGGAGCGCAGCUCGCAGCCAAAACGGCAGCAGCAGCAGCAGCAGCAGCAGCAGUCUGCUGCAGCACCGGGAGUAGCGGACAGCAGCAGCAGCAGCAGCAGCAGCAGCAAUGGAUUUAGCUUUUACCAGGCAGCAGAUGGCCAACCAAUAUUCCUCCAUCCUUUUUGUUAUCAGCUGCUCCUACACGACGCAGGGGGAGACCCUUCUUUGCUUCCCCCCGUUUUAUAUGAUGUGCCAAUCCUUUCGCUGCACUCGGCGCAGCAGCCGCAGCAGCAGUGGCGGAGGCCGCAGCAGCAGCAGCAGCAGCAGCAGCAGCGACAGCAGCGGCCGUUAAAGGUCUUAGAGCAUCUACCGCAGAACACCACCGUCAGCCUUGCUGAAGCCGCUCUAGACGGUUUGGUGUCGCGGGCUACGCUGCAGCAUUUUGAAGCUGACUUGCGGCAGAGGGAGCAGCAGCGAAGACAGCAGCGUCAUCGUCAGCUGCAGCAGGAAGCAGCAGCAGCACGAAAGGCAGCAGCAGCAUCUGCUGCUGCUGCUGCUGCAUUACCAGGGGCAGCAGCAGCGCGUCAGCAGGUGCCAGACGACCCUGCUGCCUUCCCCUCCCUAGGAGGGCCUACGGUUUCUGAAUACUUGUUGGAAAUCUUUAAGAUCAACAAUUCCAUCACGAUUUAG